AUGACAUGUGUUCUCGCAUACGUCAAGCCAGAUUUCUCCAAUGUACCAGUGAACGAACAAACAUUAAUUUACUUCGCUACGUUUUGCGCCAGUCGCUUAAGUAUUUCUUACAGCACAAUUAAACUUUAUCUCUGUGACUGUUGCCUACUAAAACUUAAAUUGUCUAAAACUGAUCCCUUUAGACAAGGUGUUACAAUCAAAAUAUUUAAAAUCAAUAAUGAUAUAUGUCUUUAUGAUAGUUGUUGUAAAUAA